GCGACAAUGGGAAAGAAUAAUUACCUAAUCUUUCUUUGACUCCACAUGGAUUCCUUCUUCCUCCUCGGCCCCGAAGCUCGGCGCCGGUUUCUCCAGAUCGCCGGACGUCUCCUCGGCUGCACGUAUAUCUGCUCAUGGUCUCCUCUCCACCAACCCACGACCACCCAUUUGGUGUCCACGGAGGGAUGGCACUGCGCGGAAGACAGUGGCCAAUCGAGCUCGUCCGCUGCUACCGUCUCCUUGAGGCUCUUCGAGGCCUACAGGAGAUCGCUUUGUGCUGUUCACAGCAGUUCCAGUUCUAUUCCUGGUUUGGCCUACAAGGAUGGGCUCGCUUACAUUCAGUUUACUGAUCGGGAUAUUAUGAACUUGGCUUCCAAUCACUCACAACGACAAUUCUAUCAGGAAGCUGGAGUAAAGACGGCAGUUUUUAUGGGUUGCAGACAUGGAGAAAUCGAACUGGGGAUCAAAAUGCCUACAAAUCCAACUGUGAAUUUGCAGAUGAACAUUCAGCAAGUGUUCAGCGAGGAGUUGAUUCAACAAUCUCUAGGAGACCUUGCGAUUCUUCCCUCUGAGCCCGGUCAGCUCUCUUCAUCUUCCUCCGACACUUCGCCUCGUCUUCUCGCUCAAUCAAGUCCUCCCUUCGUCAUGCAACCCUUCAACUUCGCUGCAGCUCCAAGAACAGCUCAUGAGGAUGAAGCGAUGAGAAGAGCAAUGCUCGCCGUCAUUAUUUCUUCCAAGGACAUGCCGUCGCCGUUGCACCUCAACCAACAAACAAUUAGAAAUCCGAUCGGAGCAUUCCGGCCUUACUACAACAAUCCAUCGACUGCUCCUGAAGUGGAACUCGAGCCCAAUUGGCACGGCCAGAGAAUGAUCAAGAUAGCCCUUCAUAUGCUUAGGAGAAUAAGCGUGAUGAAAUCGCAAGCACAAGAGCACCAGCAGCCAACGAGAAGCCACUCGCACCAUGUCAUAUCGGAGCGAAAGCGCAGGGAGAAGCUCAACGAACAGUUUAAUGCUCUCAAGGCGCUGCUUCCGCUUGAACCGAAGAUCAAGAAAGACAAGGCGACCCUGCUCGUGAACACCAAGAACUACUUGAACCUUUUAAAGGCUCAGAUCAAGGAACUCGAGGAGAAGAACCGUGUGCUAGAAAUGCAAGUCCUCCAAGUACCUAGAAACGACGAAGUCGAUGCAUUGAUUGCCGAUUCAGACGAAAGAAUUCAAAUUCAAGUUAUUCGAUUGCCUGAGUCCACAUCAGAAGCACAGCAGAUUGAUCUGCAGGUGGUGGUGAAGGAAGAAUGCGAUAUGAUUGACUGGGUUAUCCGCGUCCUUGAAUGCCUCAAAGAGAUGACAGCUGGAAUAACAUUGGUGUCCAUGGAAACAAGAACCGUCUCGUCUCAGAACAAUAUAUUUGGAAGAGGACGUUUCAGGCUACAAAUACAGACAAGUGAUUGGGACGAGGCGACGUUCAAGGAAGCUGUGAGCAACGCCGUCGCUAAUGUUUUGGCACGAGUAAGGAGUAACCAGGCCCGCCAAACUUGA